AUGCAAUCUGCAAAGGAGAAGCUGAAAAACACAGCCAGUGCUGCCAAGGAGCACGUCGACAUCUAUAAAGCCAAACUAGAUGAGAAGGCAGAGAAAGCAACGGCAAGAACAAAGGAAGAGAAAGUGAUAGCCCAUGAGCGUGCAAAGGCCAAGGAAGCCAAAGCAAAGAUGGAGCUGCAUGAGGCUAAAGCCCGGCACGCGGCGGAGAAGCUAAGCGCAGACCACCCACAUAACUAUAGGAAUCACCACCCCACGGUGGCUGGAACUGAGUACCAAGGCCACCAGCAGCAGCCACUUGGUUUGGUUCCUAAUCCCGUAGCCACUCACUCAACCUAUCCACUAGGACUAGGAGGAAACCAUCUCACCAACAAGCACUUUUAG